AUGGUAUUUAAGCUUCCUGAAGUCAAAUUCCUCAGAGUAGGCUCAGCCGCAUUCACUUCUCGUAACCAAGCACUGCCAAGAAAGAAGCCAAAGGAAGCCCUCGGCAUUGUUGCUGGUCAAGAACUCCCCCGUCGUGGUCGCUGCUCGCACUAUGGCAAAAGCUAUCGCUGGUUUCGAUUUAGCUGCUGCGCCAAGGUAUUUCCUUGUGAUAAAUGUCACGAUGCGGAGACAGACCACCCAAACGAACACGCGAACCGUAUGAUUUGUGGCUUUUGUUCCAGAGAGCAAAUAUACCGGCCUGAAAACUGCGGCGUCUGUCGUGCAGUUCUCAUAGGGAAAGCAGGAAGUGGAUUCUGGGAGGGUGGAAAGGGCACACGCAACAAAGUAUUGAUGAGCCGGAAAGACCCACGGAAGUACAAGCGUCGGCCAGGCUCAACUCCGGGAGGUUCUUCUUCGAAGAAAAAAUGA